UCGUGUUCCACGAAUUGCAGGUCGGAAGGCACCAACUGGACCAUGGUGUGCGGUGGUCUCGUGAUUUUCGGGUUAUUUCUGAUCAUCAUGAGGGUCUUAUUUUUUUCCGUAAGAGGCAGUGAAAUCGGGGAAAUCGGUGCGCGAGGACUAUCUGGAAACGACGGAGAUGGGGCAACCAACGUGACGGCGGUUUCUCCUAAGGCGCCGGCACCACGUCCGCCACUCGUCGUACCGGGACAAGAUACGGGCUCCUCCAUUACAGAGGCGAAUCGGAGACCAAUACCUCAGACGACGACACCAACGCCGACAACUCCAACAAUUUCGAAAACGACGCCACCCCCUCUGCUGUGCUCGGUGGGGACGCAGACGGCGAUUUCUAAGCUCUUCCCACCGGACAAGUUAUGCGACAUCGUCAUAUACACGCACGUGAGGGUGUUCCAGAAAGCUGUGAUCGGGUCCGUCAACGGCAUCAGCUACCAUGCAUUCAGGAACGCCUGCAGCACUUACAUUGGCACCUCGUGUGGUUUGUCCUUCGACGCCCGCUUCCUCGAACAGGACAUGUUUGAGACCGUGGAAGUCAGGGACGACCUGACCGCGUUGAAGAAACGGCGCAGGGUGUACCACUACGGCAUCCUGAACAUCAUCGAUGAUCCCACACCUGUCGAAAACCUCGCAACCGUGAUCGCGCCUGCUAUACUCAAGGAAAUGCGGAGGCUGCUGGGCUCAAACAGAGAACGCAGCAAGGUCUUCGUCGGCGUUGGCUACUACUUCUACAAUGACAAACAUGCAUGGACUGACCUGGAGCAAACUGCGGAAAACCUUGCAUUGCCUGAGGUGGACAUCGUGGUGAUACUGAGCACAAUCCUUACGACGCCGAGCCCCGAACGAUGCAUCACGCUGCCCGUAAACGCUUACAAGAGCCGAGACUUGCAUCCACCCAGCCUGGACAAGGCCUACCGUAUGGCGACGUCACAAUUCUCGAGGCCGGAUCUUCUCGUGGCCUUGGCACUGCAGAUGGGCGUCGUCGUGUACAGCUUCGAGGAACGACCCAAUAGCGCCAAAAGUGCGCUGUACGAACAUUGCACUGGCUUCGAUAUCUCGGACUACUCUGAGGCGUGCCAGGUGCCAAAGACGGACCUCAACAUCGAGAAGACAGCUGUCGGUCUUGACACCACGGCGCAGUCCAAGCCACUCAUGCGGGAUAGGAUGCUGGCGUUUGACACGCUCAACCACCUCAUUGUCAAGGCCACGAUCAUCAUGCAGAAGCCCGACGUACGGACCAACCUGUCGUGGUUGUUGCUGAACGUUGACAUGACGGACUCAACGGGCCACUGUCUCCCAGCACCCUUCGACCGCGUGAAGGGAUUCAGAGACUUUUACUACCAGCGAGCACGGAUGCCGAAGGGUUAGGCACAUACCCUGCUGUGUGGUAAUUGCGCAAAGACGCGCAGGUGUCGCACCCUUUUGCGAGCCGUCGUGUAAGGUGUCUGUGGGCGGGCUUUUUUGUUAGCCCUACGUCACCAGGUAGAAAAGAAAAGCUUAUAUUUUUAUUCAG